AUGCCCUAUUCUACAAGAUAUAAAUUCUAUGGUGAAUGGAAAUCAACCUAUACCAAAUAUGUUCCAAGUAUUGAAAUGAAAGCUCAAGUCAAUAGUGAUACGAAAAAAGUACUUCGUCGUCUUUCAAAGGAAAAUGUUAAACAACUUGGUAAAACUAUUGGUAGAUUUAGUCAUAAUAAUCCCCUAAUAGUUUUGGAAUCUUUAUUAUUUUCGGUAGAAUCUUAUGAUAAUCUUGUUCAACCUCUUGUUGAUUCUAUUAAAUAUUUAUCUCCUUUAUCUUUUGAUAUUUUAAGUUAUCAAUUAUUAGAAAGAUUUACAUUAUCAAAUAGAUCAAAAUUAAAACCAGAUGGAACAAAUAUUAGUUCAUGGUUUCAAGGAUUGUCAUCAUUUUCUGGAUUUUUAUAUAGAAAAUAUCCAAAUACAGAAUUGGAAGGAUUACUUCAAUACAUGGUCAAUCAAUUGGUAGAUAAUAAUUCAUUGGAUAUGAUUAUAUUAAAGGAAUUGAUAUCAAAGAUGGGAGGUGUUGAAGUGAUUGAAGAACCACCUGAUCAUCAAAUCGAAGCUCAAGCAGGUGGUGAAUUACUAAAAACCGAAAGUAGUACAAUGAAUGUUAGCAAGAUUAAAAAGGCUGUCACCAAAUUACGUGAUACCCUCUUGAAUUCAAAAUUGGCUUUUCCUCUAAUCAUCUUAAUUGCAAAACAAAGAUUAAAUAUUGUUUUUAAUAAUCAACAAAGUGGUAAUGUUAGAAUGAUGUCUGAUUUAUAUGACAAGUGUCAAGAAACAUUAUUACAAUUUACAGAAUUUUUAUCAACAAAUGUAUCAAAUAAUGAUUAUAGUGGAUUAUUUGGAAAUUUUUCACAAUUGGUAACAACUUUUUAUUUGGAACCUGAAACUUCAUUCCAUAUUUAUCGUCCAAUCAUUUCUGCUGCUUUCCAUGAUACUUCCAACUCUUCUACCUCUACUUCUACCUUAUCAUUUGAACAAUUAAUGAAUCAAUGUAAAUUAAUUCAUCCACCAACAAUAUGGAAUAGCCUAAGUUUAGAAUUGUAUACAUUAUUUUGGUCAUUAUCAUUGUAUGAUAUUCAUGUACCAAAACAAUCGUAUGAACAAGAGAUUCAAAAGUUGAAACAAGCAAAUACAGAAAUUGAUCAUGCCAUUCAAUCGGAAAAGGAUCAAACUGAAAAGAAUGCCAAACGUCGAAAGGAUCGUGAACGCAACACCCAAACAAUUGACAAAUUGUACAAGGAAAUGGAAGCUCAAAUUGCAAAUAAUCAAAAGGUCAUGGAACGGUUCAUGUCAUUGAAUCAAAAAUUCUUUUCAGAAGGAAAUACCAAAUCAACAUUGAAAUUUAUUCAAUGUUGUAUUUAUCCACGUGCCAUCUUUACACCAAUCGAUGCCAUCUAUUGUAGCAAGUUUGUUCACCUACUCCAUACAACCAAUACCCCACAUUUUACACCAUUACUUUAUUAUUACAAUGUAACUGGUUUAAUUUCAUUUUCAAUUACAUCGUAUACUGAAAAUGAAUCUGUUAGAUUUGGUAGAUUCCUAAAAGAAUCCAUUUCCAUUUUAAAUCGUUGGCGUUCGAGUGAAAGCAUUUUUGACAAGGAAUGUAAACCAUUUAAAGGAUUCAUUAUUGACACUUCAAGUAAUAUUGUCAAAUAUGAAGACUUUUUCACUGCCACUGCCAAAUGGCAUAGUCAAAUCUGUGACUCUUUUAUCACUUGUCUACAAUCCAGUGAUUACACGGUCACCAAAAAUGCCUUGUUGGCAUUGACCAAAUUAAUCGAUGUGUUCCCUAUUCAAGUUCAAUCUUAUCAAUCUUUGGAACAAGCAGUAUCUAAAAUUCGUUCAGAUAGAGAAGAACUUAAAAUUUUGGCUACUCGUUAUCAUUCUUUAUUAGAGAAAAACAAAUCAAAAAUUGUAGAAAUUUAUUCAAAAAAUCAAAGUAAAAAGAAACUUGAAGAUAAAAAAGAUGAUAAAAAAGUUGAUGAAAAAAAGGUUGAAGAAAAGAAAUCUGAAGAAAAGAAAGAAGAAAAGAAAUUAGAGGAAAAGAAAUCAGAAGAAAAGAAAUCAUCAUCGACUACAAAUUUGAAAUCAUCAAACAAAUCAAAUAAUGAUAAAAUGGAUAUUGAUAACAAAUCAAAGGAAAGAGAAAGAGAAAGAGAAAGAGAAAGAGAAAGAGAAAGAGAAAAAGAAAUUAGAGAAAGAGAAUUAAGAGAAAAAGAAAUGAAAGAAAAAGAGAUUAGAGAACAACAAAGAGAAAGACAAGAAAGAGAUAGAGAAAGAGUAGAAAAGGAAAAAGAAAGAGAAAAGGAAAGAGAAAGACAAGAAAGAGAAAAGGAGAGAGAAAGACAAGAAAGAGAUAGAGAAAGAGAAAAAGAAAGAGAGCAACAGUUAUCAAGAGAAAGAGAUAGAGAAAGAGAACAACAAUUAUCAAGAGAAAGAGAUAGAGAAAGAAUAACUGAAAAGGAAAGAGAAAGAGAAAAGGAUCGUGAAGUGGAAAGAGAUCGUGAAAGAGAAAUCCAACUUCGAGAAAAGGAAAAGGAAAGAGAAAAACAAGAUCGUGAAAAGGAAAGAGAAAAGGAAAGAGAAUUACAAAUCAUAAAGGAACGUGAAGCUGCUAGAGAAGCACGUGAUAGAGAAAAUAAUAGAGAAAAUAAUAGAUCAAGUCAAUCUGAUAGAAAAGAUCUUAGAGAAACUCUUAGAGAUAAUAGAUCAAGAGAUAAUGAUAAUAAUAGAGAUCGUGAUAAUAAUCAUAGAGAUAAUAAUAAUAAUAGAGAUAGUAAUAGAAAUGAUCGUGAUAAAUCACCACCCUAUAUUGAAGAUAGAAAAAGAAGAAAGGAUGAAAUUCAAAAACCAGAUGAAAGAAGAGACGGAAAUAAUAAUAAUAAUAAUAAUAGUGGUAAUAAUAAUGGAGGAGAUAAAACUCCAAGAUCUGGUGGAGAAAAAAUGACACAAUUGAGAGAAAAACUAAAAGAAAGUCAAAAAGAAAAGGACAAGGAAAAGGAAAAAGAAAAGGAUCCUCAUCAUCCAAUUCCAAUUCCAACAAAUUCUUCUCCAAGUUUGACUGCUAGUUCAAGUACAGCUUCACCAACUUCUACUCCUCCAUUGAAUAAUAAUAAUAAUUCGACACCACCAAAAUUGGAUCAACAAUCUCAAAUGGAUAAUCAAGAUGAUGGUAAAAAGAAAAGAUUAAAUCGUAAUAGACAACAAUCUCCUCCCAUUUCAUUUUCAUCUCCUCCUCUGAACAAUAAUAAUUCUAUAGCUUCUCCACCUCCUCCUCUUAGAUCUGGUGGUAAUAAUUAUUCAAAUCAUCCACGUGAUCAAAGAGAUUUGCCACUACCACCAUUACCACAACAACAACAACAAAGAGGUGGAGACAGAGAUAACUUUAGAGAUUCACGUGAUCAAAGAGAUAGAGAUUUUAGAGAACGUGAACAACAAAGAGAACGUGAACAAUAUGAACGUGAACAACAAAGAGAAAGAGAAAUGCGUCAACAAAAAGAUCGUGAUGCUCGUGAAAGAACUAUUGAUAGAAGAAGAUAA